GUAGCUGCGGGCCCCGCGGCCAUGCCCAAGCGGGGCUGCCCCUUCGCGGACGCGGCCCCGCUGCAGCUCAAGGUGCGCGUGGGCCCGAAGGAGCUGAGCCGCGGCGCGUGCGCCGAGCGCUACUCGCGGGAGAUCUUCGAGAAGACCAAGCAACUCCUUUUUCGCGGAGCACAGGCCUACAUGGACCACACAUGGGAUGAAGGCUGUGCCAUCGUUCUCCUGCCAGAGUCCCCGAAGCCCGGCCCCACAGGGGCCCCGCGGGUUGCACGUGGUCAGAUGUUGAUCGGACCGGAUGGGCGACUGACCCGGGGCCUUCUUCAGGCCUCUGAGGGUGGAGCUGUGAGCCACACCUCGAGAUGCAGAUGGGACACAGACUUCUUGGAGGCAGUCAGGAGAAGAGCUGGUUCUUGGUACGGGCCCCAGGUAGUGGAGGACACUGGACCUGUCCGGGGCAGCAUCCAUCGCCUGUUCCUCAUGUGUGCGAGCUGUGGACGGGAAGGCGGUCUGCGGCCAAUGCGAGCGGGCCCUGUGCAGGCGCUGUAUGCACACCUGCUGGGGCUGUGGAGCUGUGGCCUGCGCCCUGUGCAGCCUCGUGGACUGCAGUGACGUCUGUGAGAAAGCACUGUGCGCCAGCUGUGCCAUGUUUGAGGCCUGAGGGCGUUCCCAAGGGCCGCGGCGACGGCACCCUCUCUGGACGACCAGCACCAGGCCUUGACAACCGUGGGGCAAGUGGGAGGGAUGGCUUUUAUAUAUUAUGUUUUGUAUUCCUAAUGACAAGCAAAUAAACUCUUUAUAUUUGCACAA